UUCUGAUUCUGACAGUAUUCCUAUUGAACAGCUUUACGCACGAACCUUAAGAAACCCAAAGACGUCAUUAUGGUUGACUGGACAGAUGCUGAGCGCAGUGCCAUUCAGGGCCUGUGGGGAAAGAUCAACGUCGAUGAGAUCGGACCCCAAGCCCUGGCCAGGCUCCUGAUCGUGUCCCCUUGGACUCAGAGACAUUUCAGUACCUUUGGUAACCUGUCAAAUUCCGCCGCCAUCAUCGGUAACGCCAAGGUGGCCCAGCACGGGAAGACCGUGAUGGGUGGGCUGGACAGAGCCGUGAAGAACCUGGAUGACAUCAAGAACACCUACAGUGCACUGAGUGUGAUGCACUCCGAGAAACUGCACGUGGAUCCCGAUAACUUCAGGGCCCUGGCUGAAUGCAUCACCGUGUGUGUGGCCAUGAAGUUCGGUCCCUCUGUCUUCACCCCCGAUGCCCAAGAGGCCUGGCAGAAGUUCCUGUCUGUUGUUGUUUCCGCUCUCGGCAGACAGUACCACUAGAUCUACACCAAGCCUCUUGAGAGAAACUUAGAAUUACAUCAUAGCGCAACGCUAUAGGAGAAUGUUCUCCCAAGAUAAAUCAAUAAAAAUCAGUUAAAAGCA